AUGUCUAACGAGACUGAAGCUGCGCAAGUUCGCAACGGCACCGAUGAGGCGCAAGUUGUCUCUCCGGCCGAUGACCACCGCGUCGUCUCCGGCGACGGUGAGGUACCGUGCCUCAGCGACGCCGUUCGUUCUUUGCCUUCUCACGCUGUCAAAGACUUGCUCUCCGCCGGGGUGUGUAUAAGAUGCAUACUUAGACUGUUUGGGAUCCGUGAUCAUGUUUACUUUCGCUCCUCUUUAUCACCAUCGGUGAUGUGUUAUAUUCUUGGAGAGGGAGAUUCAAGCAGUCCUGAGACCAAGGAAUCAGAACUUGAACCCGAAGUGUGCAAAAUUUGUUUAGGUGUUUUGCAGUUUACUUAUCGCGAUGAUAAAGAAUUGCUGGUGAAAAGACAGAAUGGCAAUGAGUUAGCUGCAUCAGUUGCUGAGCUAAUAAAGCAAGAAGGUCAUCAAAUUGAUAGUUUUUGUCUUGAAGUUUCAAUACCGCCAAUUAUUUUCGAAAAAGAACAAGCUGUUCGAUUGUAUAUGAAAAAGAAGUAUGGAUCGGAGCUUUGGUUCCAAGAAAGGCUUUCUGAAUGCAUUUCUACAAAGGAUGCCUUGAAGUUUGCAAUUGUGAAUCCCCUUGAAACACUAUUGGAUGUUAAAUCUGGCCCAACCUCUGUCCGCAUCCGUUUGACAUAUACUGAAACUAAGCCAUCAAUCAUGCCUUUGAAAUCGGUGGAUGUGAAUGGGGGCACAAAUGAUGGUUUGGACACAGUUAAUGUUGAGUCAGUGGGGGAUGGCACUGAUUGUUGUGAUAUAUCAUUGGGCCAAGGAAGUCCCGUCACUGGAAAGUCUCGUGAUGGUUUGGCAGAACAUGAAUCUUCUGAAUGCUCCAACUUUCCUCUGGAGAGGGUCAAUGAACCAUGCUGCUUGGUUUUCCUAUGCUACAGGACACCUAUCUAUUUUGGUGGGAGAUAUCUGAAGUUCUCUAGAAAUGUGAGUCAAACGCGUUGGAUCAUUGAUGAUGAAAGGAUGGGAGAAGCAUCCAUCGAAGAGAUAAUAGGUGGCAGCAUUCUUCCAAUGUGUCAAGGUGACAGUUACAAGUUUCAUGCUGCUGGCAGAGAGGAUAUCGAUGUUCGGAUGUUGGGUUCGGGCAGGCCUUUUCUGUUAGAGGUACAAAAUGCACGCCAUGUUCCAUCUGAGGCUCUUGUAAAGGAAACAGAAACAAAGAUAAAUAACUUGGAGAAUAAAUCGGUUGGGUUGAAAAAUCUUAGUCUAGUAACCAGUCAUAGCUGGGACUUAAUGCGUGAAGGGGAAGCAGAAAAACAGAAGCAAUACUGUGCACUGGUAUGGAUUUCACGAUCACUUGAGGAUGAAGACUCACAUUGUAUAGCUUCGCACAAAGAUUUGGACCCCAGUAAGGGUGCUUCACCGCCGGAGUCCGCUAGAACGCAGAAAGAUUAUACAUUGGUUGGAGUCUCUCCCGUUGCAUAG